AUGUCGGUAGCUACGAAGAUCAAGGUCAUUGCGAACCCGCGCUACCAGAAGUCGGGGACCAAGUCGUACGUGCAUAUGAUGCGCAAGUAUGGCUUUAACCCGACUAAGCCUGGACCCUACUUCCUCGGCAAAAGUUUACAACAGACUGGCCGGCAGUAUACUGAUAAGGCCAUCGGAGGGCGCGUGCAUAUGCGCCAGGUGCUGCAGAAGAAGAGUGCCGAUAGUGAUCAGGUGGGGGAGGUAAGUGCUGACGACGUGCAGAAUGAUUCGAUGUAUCUGGCCCAAGUGGGGAUUGGUUCUCCGGCCCAGGACCUGAACCUGGACUUUGACACGGGUUCUGCAGAUCUUUGGGUUUGGUCCACUAAACUACCCUCAGCCACUCUGUCAAAGUACAAUACUCAUACUGUCUUUGACUCGAGCAAGUCAAGUACUUUCGAGACAUCUGAGGGUUCAACCUGGGAAAUCUCCUAUGGAGAUGGCUCAUCUGCCUCUGGCAUUGUCGGCACUGAUGAUGUUAACAUCGGCGGCGUUGUUGUCAAGAACCAAGCUGUCGAGCUAGCGGAGAAGAUGUCGGAUCAAUUUGCCAGUGGCGCCGGUGAUGGCUUGCUGGGUCUUGCAUUCAGUAACAUCAACACAGUGAAGCCAACAUCCGUCGCUACACCUGUGGAGAACAUGAUCACUCAGGAUGAUAUCCCCAAUAAGCUGUUCACCGCCAAGUUGGGCUCGUGGCGUGAUGCUGAUGAGCCAGACAAGGGUGCUUCAUUCUAUACCUUCGGCUUUAUUGACCAGGCUACUGUCACGGCCGCGGGAGCGGAUAUCUCUUAUACACCUGUUGACAAGAGCCAGGGAUUCUGGCUCUUUGAUUCUACUUCGGCUACCGUCAACGGGAAGACAAUCACCCGAUCUGGUAACACUGCUAUCGCCGAUACUGGUACCACCCUUGCGCUUGUCGAUGACAGUACUUGCAAGGCUAUCUACGAUGCCAUCGAGGGGGCUUACUAUGAUAGUGACAGCCAAGGAUACAUCUACCCCUCCGACACCACUGUCGAUAAUCUGCCUGUUGUAUCCUUUGCCGUUGGUGACAAGCAGUUCACUGUUCAGAAGGAAGACCUUGGCUUUACUGAGGCAAAGUCUGGCUAUAUCUACGGUGGAAUCCAGAGUCGUGGAGAUAUGACUAUGGACAUUCUGGGUGAUACUUUCCUGAAGGGCAUCUAUGCCGUUUUCGACGUUGGAAAUACUCGAUUCGGUGCUGUGCAGCGAAAGGAGCUUAACCAGAACCUGUCUGUUCCUUCCGAUGACUAG